AAUCAAGUAGCCUUCCCCCAAAUGUCCACAUGAAUUUAACUGAACUAAAUACUAAAUAUUUAAAAUAGUCUAAAUAGUAAGUUCAUAUUUAGUUCAUGUAUACUGUUGGUUCAUAAUUAAUAGUUCAUAAACAGUAAAUGCUUGUGACUUACCCUACAGUAGUCUGACAUUUAAACAAGGAAAAGAGCCCAUAGACUGCAGUGAGUACUGUUUGAAGGAAGACAGGAAAAAGAAAGACAGAAAAAGUCGCCCUCCACACACACCCUAUCCCAGUUAAGGCACUCUGAAACCAUGUUCCUAAUCAUAUCAAAAUGCAUGAUUACGUAAAUCAUUAGAGUUAGUACAGAAUUGGGCCAGAUUCCUGCUCAAAUCCAUUGCUUUAUUUUCACCUCGGGGCUUUGUACUUAACUACUUUAUUUUGCAGCUUGUAGCCGGAAGUGACAUGUUGUUUUUGCAACAUUGACACUGGUCAAACAUCAGAUGUGAGGUUAGCAUAUUCCUAACAAAAACAGCACAGAAAGCUGGAUUGCUGUGUGUUUAGAGCAGAUCCACAUCUGAGAGUCGUGCUCCCGACAUGUCGAGCAUUCAGCUCCUCCGAGUCCUGCUGAACGAGCGACUGUCCGCUGCCGCUGACGAGAUUUUCGAGGCAGUGAAAAAAACCAUUGCGGGUUACGAGGAGGAGAUCCUGCUGUCCAAAAGGGAGAUCCGCCGGCAGCGCAGGAUGCUGGAGACGGUGUUAAAACCAGACAUCAAGAUCAACAAACUAGCAGAGCAACCACAGCUUGCCCUUUCCGUUUGGGAUGAGGACUUUCCUUCAGAGCAGCAGCAGAACUGUGAGCAGGACUGGAGCUCCAGUUUGGGCCAAGAGGAGCAGGAGCCUCCACAGCCUGGAAAGACCCAGGAAGAGCUCUCCAACUGCCAGGUGGUAGAGCAGCAAGGCUUGGAGGAAGACGACACCAUCCGAUUCAUAUUUACUCCUCCAUAUGUGAAGAACGAGCUUGACCAGCCUCAGUCCAGUUACCAAGCUGAUGGAGUGGAUAAAGGAGAGAGUGAUCCUUUGCCCAGCACCUCGGCUGAGCAGAUGGAAACAAAGGAGGAAGGAGAGGAGGCAAUUUCCUCAGGCUGUUCUGCAGCUGAACAUGAAGACAGUGAUGAUGAGUGGCGGGGCAGUGGACUGUCUCAAAGCGAGGAAAGUGACAGCAAUGACACUUGGAAGAAGAGGGCAGCACCUCGUCUGCCUAUGGCACCCAAACUGCAGAGAGCCAAAAAAAACAAAUCCCGCAUCUGUUGCAAAGUCUGUGGAAAAUCCUUUCACGCCAAUGUCUCUUUAGUCAAUCACAUGGAAGUUCACCCAAAAGACAUCUGUGGGGUCUGCGGGGAACAAUUUGAGACAGAGGAAAACUUCCAAGUUCAUGUGAAAAGCCAUGUGAAAGCGGAGGUUUGCAAUGUUUGUGGGAAAUGCUUUGGGGCCUCCAGCGGUUUGGAGACGCACAUGAGAAUCCACACAGGAGAGAAGCCCUUCAACUGCAGCGAAUGCGGCAAAUCCUUUAAUUGUCGCCACAACAUGAUGCGACACAUCAGGAUACAUACAGGAGAAAAGCCGUACCCUUGUACUGUCUGCGGAAAAUGCUUCAAUGACUACUCCACCUUGAAACGACACCUGCUGGUUCAUUUACACGAUAAAGGCCUAGCUAAGGGUAGCUCCUCCGCUGAAAAUGAAAACAAUAACACUGUCGAAAGGAAGAGUAAGAGCUCAACAUCAAAAAAGCAGCAGACCCGGACAAUAUGUGAGGUGUGUGGGAAAAUGUUUCACUCCAUGGUUUCUCUGGUGAAUCAUGCCAAAAGUCACGCCACAGACCUCUGUGGCGUUUGUGGGACACAUUUUGAUUCCGAAGAAAGCUUGAAGCUCCAUCUGAAAACUCACAAAAACGGGAAGGUUUGCGAAGUGUGCGGAAAAUGUUUUGACAGCCAGGGGAAUCUGGAAAUGCAUAUGAGAAUCCACACGGGAGAGAAGCCGUUCCUGUGCAGUGAAUGUGGCAAAUCCUUCAACUGUCGCCACAACAUGAUGCGCCAUAUGCGGACCCACACAGGAGAGAAGCCCUACCUCUGUAACGUCUGUGGUCGGUGUUUCAGUGACCACUCGACUCUGAAACAACACAGCAGCACACACACCGGCGAGAAACCGCAUCGAUGCGAGGUCUGUGGCAAAGGCUUCCAUCGUAAAACAUACGUGAAACUUCACAUGAAGAGCCAUACAGCUGAAAAAUAAUCAUUAAGGUGAUUGUGACUGUGUGUACGCAAAGGGUUUGGAUUAAAAUAUUGUUUUUGAGGAUAGCUACACCAGUAUCGCCUUGUUUUUUUCUUAUGUCUGAACUUAUGUCAGGCUUUGAUCUCACAGGAUGCUUCUAAGUGCAGGUUUUUAUUUUUAUGUUUUUUGUAGCAGGUUUGGUUCCAGAUGUGUGUCUCCCAAAGUAUACAGCUGGUUUUUGGACCUGCUGUCUCUUAGGGGUUCUCUUGUCAGUCCAGGUUGAACCACAGAAUUUGAAUGGAGUAGAAUGUUACCAAUCAAAUCAACAUACCAGAGUGGUCAAAGCAGCAACCAUUUUUAUGUCCACCAUUGCCAUAGUACCAGGCUUCCAUAUAAAUCGACUUGCAACGGGUUGCUGACUCUCUCAGGUUAGAGGCUUUGUAGCAAAGACCCAAGCAAUGGAAAGACAUCUUUUGUCAGGCAAACAGUACAUUGACUGUUCUACUCCAUCCAGAUUAUUUAGGUUUAACAUGUCUCACUAUGUUAUAUCAAUAUGAACACAAACUUAAACAGGCUCCCUGUAGUCAGAGCUCUGAGAGGAGAUGUUUUUGGCUUUUGUCCUUCAUGUAUCCACAUAAUUAAUUUCAGAAUGGAUUCUUAAUCCUCUUCCAAAAAAAGAAAAUGGAACAAUCACUAACUUUCCUUUUUGAAUUGUUAUUUUCAGCAAGGUUUCCCAAGUGUCACUUCAGGUUAUGUAGUUGAGGGUGAUUAGAUAGCAUGUGAGCUGUCAAUCAGUCUGUUCCAGUUGUGCAUUGUGAUUGCCUGAGAGGCAUUCUGAUGAGUGUCAGCAUCUAUCUGUAAUGGCACUGUGAUCAGAAUAUUUUUCAAAAUCAGUAAUGAAUCAACAGUGAAACCGGAAUAAUUGUAGUAAUACACUUGAGGUCAGGGAGUACCACACACCCUGUUGUGUAUUACUGCUUAAUUUAAAGGGAAAUUUUACUUUACCAUUUUGGAAAAUGUGAUAUUUUGCUUCCACCUGGAUGUUGGGAGAGUGGUGGUGCUAUCGUCCAAUCAACCUUCCACCUCAGUGGCAGGAGGCUAACAGUUAGCAUUUGGAGCAUCCAGCCAGUAUCCAGCACUCAAUAACAAUGAGAGGAAGAUAGCACCACUCUUACACUACUACUACUACUACUACUACUACUACUACUACUACAGAACAUCUAGAGAGGAAGAGAAACAAUAUCAUAUUUUUCAAAAUAGUGAACUAUGCCUUUAACAAUCUGAGGAGAAAAAAGCCUCCUGGCCGAUUAUGGCCUCAUGUAAUGCAAUUUUGGUUUCCAAUUCCAUCACCACAGCUUAUUACGUAAGAGGCCCAGAUGCACAAACUUUUUAUUGGUAUGUAUGUAUUUGUUAUAAAAGAAAGUUUUAUUUUAUUUCCAAAGUUUAAUUUUGUUUACAUCAACAUCAAAUCCUCAGCAGAACUGACUCAGUGUCUUGCUGUAUCAUAUAAUAAUUUUGUGCUCCAACAAUGCAAUUUUCCCACAGGGAUCAAUAAUGUUUUAUCUUUGCUUGCAGUAUAGUACAUUACGUCAUACACACAGGCUCACAUUGUGAUGGGAGAUCUGUAUAGUCUGAGCGCAAUGUCAUCGCAUGUGCCUAUGAGCAAUGUAGAGACAUGAUUUAAAUAAAUACAAUCUGUAACAUGAUCAUAAAUACAUGAUUUAAGUAAAUACAGCUGACAUUUCAUUCAGUCAAAGGAUCCAGAUCUGGGACAGUUUGGUCUCUUGAGAUCAGAUGUUGAGAAUCUAUAAAACAAGAGCUUCAUGUUCAGCCAAAGAGAUUUGCAGAACCUUCAGACUAUGGCUUCAUGUCUCAGAACAAAGCUGUCCUGCAGUAGUUUAUUCCAACCAUUUUAAUAAAUCUUCACUAUAC